AUGGAGAAGUGCAAGAAGGAGCAGGAGAAGAAGUACGGCGGUGGCAGUGGUGGUGGUGGUGGUGGUGAAGAAGGUGGCGAAGAGCAGAAGAAGUCGAGUGGGAAAGGCAAGCAGAAGAAGCAGGAGGAGCAGGAUCAGGAG